AUGGUGGCUGCCUCGCGGCUCGGCCCUGUCCCCGAGGGCCGCCCGGGACCCCGCGGAGCCGGGGCGGCGGCAGCGGGUCCGGGCUCGGUGCUCGCGACGCUGCGAGCCGCUCUACCGCCGGCGCCCGCGAGCCGAGGGGUCAGGGCAGCGCCUCACAGGAAACCGGACAUCCGAGCGCCCGCGACCGCGGCCCGCGAGGUGAGGCGAGGGCGCGGGAGGACGGCGCCCCGCUCGGCGGCUCGGGGAGCGAGGGGUGGCCGAGCCCAGACGCCCCGCGAGGCUCGCGCCCUGCGGCGCCCCCGGGGCCCGCGAGCCCCCGCCUCCCCCUCCCCGCGGCGGGGCGAGCCGGGUGGCCGGGCGGCUAGAGCGGCGGCGGCGGCGGCGCCGGGCGGCGAGGCCGGGGAGCGCGGGGCUGCACGGCGGCGGCGGCGGCGGGCGCAGGGGCAGGGCAUGGCUGACGCGCCCUCUGCCUGCGCUUAUGUGAGAGAAAGCGGCCGAGGGAGGGCGCGUGCCGAGCCCGGCCGCCCUCCCCGCGCGCCGGCCUUGGCGGCGUCUCCCGGCGCCCGCGCGGCCCCUCCCCCGCCCCCCGCGGCGCGAGUCCCCCCGCGGGGUGGGAGGGGGCCCCGGCCGGCGGGCGGGCUCCGAGGCGCCGGGCUCCUGGGACGCGGGCGCGCCGGCUCCGGCCCCAGUCCCCCGCAGACUGGCCCCGGGCCACCCGCUCGAGGGUCAGGGGAGCUCCAGAUUCUAGAAGUGAUUCUCAACUUUGACUGCACCUGGAAUACCAGAAGUUUUCAGAACCACACCUGAGUGUGUUUGCACCUGUGUGCACCAUCAUGAGACUCUACUUAAUUGGUCUGGGUUAAGAUGUGGGCCUCAGGAUCCUGUUAGACCAAGUUGAGAAUCUCUGGCAUCUCCAACUGGAGCCUGGCUUACCCCUGACAACUGUGAAAUCAACAGAAUUGAAAUAUAUCAUAGUUUGCUGAUGUUAUUUUGAGAAGUUCAACAACCUGGAUGUCCUACCAAGAAUCCUAUUGAUACUUCCCUGGCUGCUGAAGCCCAGGACCUUUAAUUCAGAAACAGGGAAAACAAUUGAGGCCUUCGGUGAUGGGUAUACCAUGUUUUAGGAAAAAGUACAAAAUGAAGAGUAAUCUCUCUGGAAUAUGAAGAACAAGAUGGGAAGGACUGCAGAUACUAAAGGAAGUAACAGAGGAGAUUCAUCUUUAGAACUGCAAACAGCUGGAUAAUCAGCACCAAGUUCUUAUCUCUUGCGUCUAAUGAUGUGGAAAUGAGUGAGACCCGACUGUGUGUGCCAGAGAGUUCCUGCAGUAAAUAUCUGUGAACUCCAUAGAGCUCACCAGUCUGUGAGUUUUGGGUUUUUUUUUGAAGGUAAAGGACAUUUUAUUUAUUAACAGAUUAAAAACCGUAACUCCAGGUAGUGCAAAAUACACCACUGAACCCAAUUACAAAGAACUGGUGUUAAUACACAAUGUUUAAGCAAUGCUCCACUUAUUUUUUGGCAAAGUGCUGUAUUGUUUAGUCUGUGUAUAAAACUGACCAUAUAUGAACCAAUCAAUACAAAAAUGUUCUAUAAAAACAAAAAAUUUAGACAGUGGCUCAAGAAAACAAGCUGCCAUUUAUGCAUAGAUUGAUGUACAGUAUAUAACCUAACCAAAUGUCCCUUUUAAGUUUUCAAGUUGUUGGGAAAAAAACACAAAACUGUGUCCAGAAAUACACCAGAAAGGCACAGAGUACAGCCUACAACACUCUUCAAUCUCUAGAACUGAUACCCUGCCCUUGAAAAGCAAAUAUGUUCACAACUUUACUUGAGGGAAAAAAGAAAAAAGAAAAAAAAAAGCCACUUAAAAUAAAACAAUACACACAAUUACUGAUUAAGAUUUCCAAACCUCUGGAGGAAAACACAAC